AUGAAGUUCUUCGGUACUUUCCUAUUCCUUACCGCCUCGGUCACCACCCUGGUCAACGGUGCUUGGAUGGAGGCCAGGCUCGCUGAUGGUGCCAAGCUCGACAUCAGCCUGACGCCGGAGAACAAGGUGCGGCUGUGCACGGACAGGUCCUGGCAGUUCCGCAACAAGGAUUUGAGCUGGCAGUACGGCCUGGCGUACGGAAAGAAGCACCACAAGUAUCACUUUGCCGCCAAGUGGAAGCACAACCUCCUCGUUGAGGUCCCUCACCUCAAGUACACCGUCUGCUUCGAGGAUCCGACCCCCGGUCGAACCAAGGAGGACCUCGAGUCUCUGGCGCACCUCCUCAACGACCCCAACAACAACCGCAAAGGCAAGGGAGGCCCCAUCGCUAUCUACAUUGACACCAAGGGACGAGAGCACUACACUGAGAUUGGCCAAUUCUCUCCGCUCACCGACUAA